CCUCGCGGGGAGGCCUUUAAGAGGCGGGGCCUCGCCGCCAUCUUGUGGGCGGGCGGGCGGCUGGCGGCGCAUGCGCGGUGGGCCGCGGAGCUUCGCGUGCCCUCUACGGCGUCGGAGCAGGAGCGAUGGGCCCGGGGCAGCACUCCGCCGUGCGGGUUGAAUGGAUUGCUGCAGUUUCCUUAGCUGCUGGAGCAGCUGCUGUUGGGUAUCUAGCUUACAAAAAAUUUCUCUGUAAAGACAAAUGCUGCAAAGCAAUGGUCAAUCCCCAUAUCCAGAAGGAUAACCCCAAGGUAGUCCAUGCAUUUGAUAUGGAAGAUCUAGGAGACAAGGCUGUGUACUGUCGUUGUUGGAGAUCUAAGAAGUUCCCGCUGUGUGAUGGCUCUCACACAAAGCACAAUGAGGAAACCGGUGACAACGUUGGGCCUCUGAUCAUCAAGAGGAAGGAGGCGUAGAGUGGACAGUAGAAGCUACAAAAUGAAUGUCUGACAAACCCUCUGCUCACUUGUAAUUGGGGAAAAAACCACAAAUUCUUUGUCAUGCCACUGAAGACUUUCCAAUGUAGUAUAUACAUCAGGCUUCAGCAUGUGUAUUUUCUCUGGUGUUUGUCUUGUUUUAAUCACUACAAUGCAUAAUUUACUAAAUAGUCAUGGUUUAGAUUUUUUUGUCCUGUAAGGUGUGUGUACCCUGUCACUGAGUAUGAAACUAAAAUGACGCACAGAAUGUACUUCAUCAGAAAAUAAGUAUUAAAUUAUUUUCAAAUACAUGUGUACUACUUUGAGGCUAUUCCAUAGAACAGUGUUUGAAAGGUAGAUGCUAAAAUCCUGGAGAGGUUCUGAAGUUACAGGUCUCGACAGAUUUCUAUGUAAAAGGCAGCAGCAGGAAAGAAGUCAUGGUGCCAAAAUGCAGCUUAAGCUCUGAUUAUGCUGUGUUUUCUGCAGGUGUCACGUUUGGCCUAUUACACUACUGUUCUGUGUGGCUUCUGUAAAAGGAACAAAUUCAAAAUAGCUAUCUGUGAACAGAGGACACGAAAGGUUUACAGCAAGAUGGGGCUAAAGGGCAAUUUUACCUUUGAUUUUUCCUGCAGUGAUGAAACUUGACCCUACUACCGUAUGGUAUCAGGAACAUACUACUGGAACUGCAGAUCUGUAUUUAGAGUAGGAUGAGGAAGAUGGUCGCUGCGAGAGCUUUCUUAAUCGACAAGCAGAAUAAUACAAAGUGCUCAAAGAGUGAUGGGCAGGGGUGGCAGGGUUGUUUUUGCUGCUAGAAAGCCUUGGUUUAACUUGCAGUGUCUAGCAGCGAAGCUAAUUUCCCCAGACUAGGGGACACUUCUCAGGCGGGGAGGCUAUGCUGAUAUAUUCCAGAAGCUAAAAUAAAAACUAAAACUCCACCCAUUGUUACUGUCUGCUUCAUCAUUGCUCUGGCUGGUUCCGGAGGACUCUUCCUGCUGCAGAGGGAGGAGGCACACCUUUCUUACUAAGUGGCCUUAGGCUCUAUGUGUCUUAAAUAACCCCUAUCUCCCUGGGCUAUUAGUAGUUCAGCUAAUUUUACCAAAAGAACUGACAUGGACAAGGAAAGGCUUUGGUGACAGCUAGAAACAAGGGGGGAAAGGGUGAGACAAGGAGAGCUCUUACCCUCCUUUUGUAUGGCGCUUGUCUGCAUUGUCUGGCAUGGUUGCAUUAAUGGCUGUCAUGCUGGUUUCCUUAAAUUAAAUAGCUUUGAUUUAUAAACAGGCAAAUACUACAAAGCAAAACCCAAAGAGUAGGGUAGCAGAGGGCAGUUUUUUAUUAAACCCAGUCCCUUAGCAUAAUUGCAGCCUGUGUAAGACUGAGCUCUCAAUGUCCUGGGACAGAGAGACUACCUCAGAGCUAGAAGAAUAGGCCUUUGCAAGAAGCUGACAUUUUGACCUGGACCCUUAAGGAUUCUUCCAGAUGGCUGGGGCAGUAGAGGUUUUAGUUAAUUUUCUUUUUUUACAGGUGUGGUUGGUAUGACUGAUGAAGAUUGAAGAAAAUGUCUUACGUGUUCUCUAUGUGAGACUUUCAGAGGCUGAGGUCUUAGCUGACUGAUCUAAAAUUUGGCAGAAAGCACAAAAAGUAGAGAAGAUGGCACAGAAGUAGAAAAGGAGGGUUUGUAGGUGGAGUGCUAUUGCUAUAGUAGGGACAACAACUGUCUGUGAGAGACCUCUGCUUGUAAGAAGCUGCAGUCAAAUUUUGUUUCUAUCUUCCUGCCCUGACUGUAAAGAUACCUGAUAUUUUUUACUUGGCCAAGUACUGAUGCAUAUGGAAAGUUGUUUUAACCUUGAAUUAUCAAAUACAUUGCUUUUAUCCAAAACAAAGUUAUUUCUGUAUUAUUAGAAUGUGACACUGCAUAUUUCUGUAUUUUUGUCAAAUACACGUUUGAGCUAAUCUUAAUCUUGAGGUUGUAGUAUCUGUGUUAUCUCAUGAGUGUGCUGUUUUUGUCAAGGGAGAGUUACACUGUUGUGUAGUGCUGUAUGCCAAUGCUACUGUAAUCAUAAACCUGUGUCUGGGUUGGGUUUUCCCUCUGAAACUUCUUUUCCCGUUAGCAGCAAAGCCUGGCUGCUCUUGAUGGAAUAAAAGUUCACUGAAAACUGCA